AUGUCUCAACAACAUAAAGUGAUCGUCAUCGGCGGCGGCUUAGCCGGCUUAUCCGCCGCACACACCAUCUUAGAAAACGGAGGCUCGGUCGUGUUAUUAGAUAAGAGCGCUUUCUUAGGCGGGAACUCGACCAAAGCGACGAGUGGUAUCAACGGAGCACCGACGAAAACGCAAAAACUGGUCGGCGGCAUGGCCGCGCGAGACUCCGCGGAGGCGUUCGAACAAGACUGCUUAAAAGGCGCAGCUGGCGUGAACCACACGACGGCACCUGAACACACGAUUCCUUUGGCGAAAGUGUUAGCGCACGGAAGCGGAAGCGCCGUCGAUUGGCUCGUGGACAGAUUUAAUCUCGAUUUGAGUUUGAUUUCGCAGUUAGGUGGACACUCGUAUCCGAGAACGCACAGAGGGAAAGCGAGAUUUCCCGGGUUUACCAUCACGUACGCGUUGAUGGAAGCGUUAGAGGAGGUGUGCGAAAAAACGAAUAACGAGAAAGCGCAGAUUAUCACCAAGGCGAACGUGAAAAGGUUACUGAAAGACGCCAGCGGACAAGUGGUUGGGUGCGAAUAUUCAGAUAAGAAAGGACAAACGCAACAGGCGUUUGGACCAGUGGUGGUGUGUACCGGAGGGUACGGCGCGGAUUACACGAACACUUCCUUGUUAUCGAAAUAUAGACCGGACGUGACGAGUUUACCGACGACCAACGGCGACCAUUGCACGGGCGACGGGAUUAAAAUGGCCCAAGAGAUUGGCGCCGGCGUCGUGGACAUGGAAUCCGUGCAAGUCCACCCGACCGGUUUAGUCAACCCGGGCGAACCAGAAGCGAAAGUUAAAUUCUUAGCCGCGGAAGCUUUGAGAGGCGUCGGUGGUAUCUUGUUAGAUGCAAACGGGAAUCGAUUUUGCGACGAGCUCGGGAGACGGGAUUACGUCUCCGGUGAAAUGAACCGAAACAAAGGUCCGUUCCGAUUAAUCUUGAACGGUAAAGCGUCCAAAGAAAUCGAAUGGCACUGCAAACACUACGUCGGGAGAGGUAUCAUGAAGAAAUUCAACUCCGGGAACGAAGUCGCCAGAGAGAUGGGCAUCGACCCGUCGCAUUUACGAGAGACGUUUGAGAAAUACAACCGGUGCGCGCAAACGAAAGCGUGCCCGUUCGGGAAGAAGUUUUUUCACAACGCGCCUUUGGAUAUGAACGACCCGACGUUUCACGUCGCCAUCGUGUGUACGGUCGUUCAUUACACCAUGGGCGGUUUGAGAAUCAACGAUGAUUCUCAAGUUUUAGACGCGAAUGAAAGACCAAUCCCGGGUUUGUUUUGCGCCGGCGAAGCCGCCGGAGGCGUCCACGGGAGAAACCGUCUCGGUGGGAACUCCUUGUUAGAUUGCGUGGUCUUUGGCAGAGUGGCUGGGAUGAACAUCGUCAAGCAAUUAAGAAGUGGUGGUGGUGGUGGUAACGUCAACGCGUACUCGAGAAUAACCGACGCGCAAGGCGCGUUAAACAGAGUCGCCAACAUCAACGGCCACUUCAAUCCGAAAAUGGGCGCCAAGACGACGGCGUCCUCCUCCGGAGGAUUAACCGAAGCCGAAGUUGCAAAGCACGAUAAAGAAAACGACUGUUGGGUGAUUUUACACGGGAAAGUGUACGACGUGACGGAGUUUUUACCGGACCAUCCCGGCGGGAAGAAAGCAAUCAUGUUGUUCGCCGGUAAAGACGCCACGGAGGAGUUUGACAUGUUGCAUCCGCCAAACGUGUUGAAGAAAUAUUUACCUCCCGAGGCGAUGCUCGGCGAACUCGUCGGUUAA